AUGUACAAAUUUGCUAGCUUCUCACAUAAGAAUGUGCAAUUUCAGUCCUUUAAAAAGAUCCCCUUAUAUCAUUUUCUUGCCGUGAAAUACAAUUAACACUAUAGUCAGUCAAUGUAAAUAGCUAUAAUUCUUAGUAGCUGAUUGAAUCCCCCUUAUAAUGAUGGCGGAUACACCCGUCAGACGGUCAACCGCUGCCCAAUUUUUCACCGAGGAAGAAGAGGCUGGAACAUCGAGCGGCUCUGUAUAUGAUAAAGUUGUUGAUUUACUCAAUCAAGCUUCUUUGAUGCAAAAAGAUGCUCAGAAAGUUGGCAAUUUAAAACAGGUGCAAGAGUUGAUUAUUCAUAAAGAUACAAACUUGUUAGAUAACUUCUUUGAUGAGAUGAUAGCAUUUCAAAGUGACAGAUCGGUAGACAUUAGGAAGUUUGUUGUUGGAUUUAUGGAAGAAGCUUGUAAGAAGGAUCCGGAGCUGUUAUCAAAGAUAAUGCCGUGUCUCCAGCAUCUGCUCAAUGAUGAGAAUGUCAAUGUACAGAAGAGAGUCAUUCUUACACUGUCCAGUAUUUACAAAACACUCAUCAUGUGGUUAGCAAAGAGUAAACACCCUACUGCAGAGAUGACUCAGGUGUGGGAUAUAAUGGCCAUGAUGAAGAAAACAUUGUAUGAUAUGCUGGAUUCAGAAAAUGAUGGUAUAAGAACACAUGCAGUGAAGUUUUCUGAAGGGAUUAUUCUGACAUUAUCCAGGAAGACACAGGAGUCGGAGAUACCGAAGUCGCGGGGUGAAGAGGUCACUCUGGACAGUAUACCCGAGACAAGCAAAUAUCUCAAAGUUCAUAAACUAGAAGAGGAAGGGAAGAAAAUGUUUGAUUCUCUACUUCAGUUCCAGGCCUCACCACAUAUAUCUAGUAUAAACUUGAUGACAGUGAUGAGCAGUCUGUGUAAUAUUGCCAAGCAGAGGCCUGUGUUCUAUGGCAGGGUAGUACAAGCAUUUGAAACUUUACAUGUGAAUCUUCCCCCUACUCUGGCCAAGUCACAAGUGAGCAGUGUUCGCAAGAAUCUCAAGAUGCAAAUGUUGUCACUGCUAAAACACAAGUGUGCAGUUGAUUACCUUACCAAUAUAACAACACUCCUCACUGAUCUCGGUGCUACACAGUCAGAGGUAUUAAAAGUUAUGCCAAAACUGGAAGAAUCAAAGAAGCGAAAGAGACAAGAGGCAGGAUCUGCAACAAAGAAAAUCAGAAUUGAAAGGGAUGACGAUGAUGAUGAUAUAGGUAUGACACCUUGGACUGACAGAGCUACAGAUCAGAAACUUGCUAAUGUGAAUUUGCGACAGACAGCUAUAGAUAUUACAGCGGAUGAUCUUGCUCCGAGACUGAACGCUAACAAUGUGGCUGACCUUGUCCUCAUUAGUAUGGUAAUGUUACCCGACACGAUGCCAGCCCACUUUCAGGCCACAUACACACCUAUAGCUGCUGCUGGGACAGAUGGACAGGUCGGUCACAUGGCUCGACUCCUUGCCACACAGCUUACCAUGGCAGGCAUGGGAAAGGGUGUUGCUGAAGUUCAGAGAGAGGCUGCUGAGAAGAAAACAUCACCAUUUGAUGGAAGUGAAACACCAGCAUUUCAGGGAACAUCUCCAAAACAACUCAUUUCAACUGUUGUUGGUGGUCAAAGUGGAACUUCAAAGCUAGAUAUUCUUAACAAAGCCAUGCUUCCACCACCGCCUUUAUUUCCAUCCAAGCGUGGAGUAAAACACUUCAGGUUGUCCACUGUGACAAGACCGCUGGAAGAAAAUGAGUCCGAGGAAUUGUCUAUGAUGGCUUUGGACAGGGUUUUAGCAUCAGAAAAGAAAGCUACAAUGGGGAAUGCAUUGCAUGCUCGCACCAAAAUUUUAUCUUGCCUUGUAACCCAGUUUGGAGGCGAAUUCAAAGACAUUUUACAGAAUUACAUCUUCUCAGAUUUACGUAACAGAAUAGAACUAGCAUUUGCAUGGUUAUACCAGGAGUAUGCUAACUGUAUGAACUUUAUGUCAACAUCAGUGGAAGGGAACAAACACAAUAUGUCAAGUUAUGAUGAAUGCCUCACUAGAAUAUUAAAUGGUCUCUUAGAAGUUGUGGAUCAAAAAGAGGCAUUAUUCCACAAAGUUUUACUGGAAGCACCAGCUAUUACAGAUAAUGCCUUGUAUAUACUGAGAAGAUAUUGUGUUGAUGAUACUCGUGUUGCAUCAGGUCUACAAACAUUAAGAAAAUUGAUCAUGACACGACCAGCUCACAGAUUACGGUUUCUUGAUGUUCUUCUGGAAUUUACAUCUAGUGAUCAAACAGAGCUACGUAAUCAAGCUAUCAGUUUUACAAAGAAUUUGUAUGAAACUCAGCAAGCACAUCAUGCUAUUGAGUAUUAUGCUGUACAGAUGUUGAAAUAUUUAUUAUUACCUAAACCUUCACCAGAAUUAUAUGCUAAACUUAGAGGAACUCAAGAGGCACCGGAGACGUGGAAUGAUGAUGCUAUCAAGAUGUCCCUAUACCUAUAUCUGGGUCUGUUACCGUGUAACCAUAAACUGAUUCAUGAGCUGGCCACAGUGUAUACAUCCACUAAUGCAGAUAUUAAAAGGACAAUAUUGAGAAUGUUAGAAGCACCUGUGAAGGGUAUGGGUAUGGAUUCUCCCGAGUUGUUGCUGUUUGUGGAGAACUGUCCUAAAGGAGCUGAAACACUAGUCACCAGAGUUAUACAUAUACUUACUGAUAAAGGAGAUGAUAAGACACAAUCAUGGGCUGCGCCAUCUCCAGAGCUUGUGGAGCGUGUACGUGACCUGUACCAUAAACGUGUACCUGAUGUACGAUUCCUUAUACCAGUGCUUAUAGGUUUAAACAAGGAUGAAGUAAUUGCUGCACUCCCCAAGCUGAUCAAACUGAAUCCUGUUGUAGUGAAAGAAGUUUUCAACAGAUUGCUUGGAGGACAUGGAGAUGUGGCCUACCAGUCACCUUUGACCCCAGCUGAACUGCUGGUAGCCCUGCAUAACCUUGAUGAUAAAGUGGACAUGAAAACAACCAUUAAAGCCACCAACCUUUGUUUUGGAGAGAAGAAGAUCUACACACAGGAAGUCUUGGCUCUCGUAAUGCAGAAUUUAAUGGAACGGACACCUCUGCCAACACUAUUCAUGCGAACUGUUCUACAGGCAUUGUCAAUGUACCCAAGGUUGCUUGGACUAGUCCUCAAUAUAUUACAAAGGCUUAUCUUAAAACAGGUUUGGAAGCAGAAGAAAGUAUGGGAAGGAUUUGUACGAUGUUGUCAGCGUACAAAGCCUCAGUCAUUCCAGGUACUGUUACAGCUGCCAGCAGAACAACUAAAGGACGUGUUCCAGAUCUGCCCAGAUCUACAAGAACCUUUGUUAAGCCAUGUCAAUAAACUCACUGACACGCAGAGAUCUCACCUAUCCCCAGCCAUUGUACAAGUGUUAGAGACUGACCCAAUGAUUGAGAAACGCGAGGCUGAGGCAAGGGCAGCUCAGGAAGCCAAGGAGGAGAGGCUGAAGAAGGAGGCAGAGGAAAUGAUGAGGAUCAGACGAGAGGCCGAGGCAAGAGCAGCGCAGAAAGAUCGUGACUUAGAUAAAUCGGAUAAUGACAGAAGAAAAGACAAAAGAAGAGAUGAGCGGGCACGAUCAAGAGAUCGUGACAGGGAGCGUUCAAGAAGUAGGGAGAGAGAGCGCCCAUCCAAGGAGAACAGGGUACCUGCUAAACAGGAUGUAGUGGAUCCAAGUGAACCCGUUUUUAUCAAGCAUGGAAGUGCUGGUGAUCCAUCAGAGCCUCCUCGUGAGAGAAGGGAAAGUAGAGCAGAGGGUCGCGACAGGCGUGAAUCUCGCGAUACUAGGAUGGCUGCGCUGAACCCAGAGCCUGGAGAUUCUAUAGAUUUAUCAGAUUUACCGCCUGUACCAAGGAGGAGGAACCCAGAUAUUCUGCGGAACCCGUCACCACAGUUACGUAACCCGUCACCAGGGCACAGGAAUCCUUCACCACAUGGAGAUGCUGUAGAUGUAGCUGUCACAGCAGUGAAAUCAGAACCUGAAGAUAAAGGAUAUGAGAGAACCAGAGGAAAAACGUAACAUCUGACUUGACAUGGAAGAGCUAAAUGAACUUGCAAGUCAACCAAAAAAAAUACUGGGAACAGAGACUUCACAACUACUGUCAUACAUGAAAUACUAUAUUGUUAACAGUGACAAUAUUUUUGAUAUAAAAUUGAGAUUGAGACGAUAUAUUACCUGAAAUAAUAUAGUGUUUCCAGUGACGAUAUAUUACCUGAAAUAAUAUAGUGUUUCUAGUGACGAUUUUGCCCUUGAGACUUCAUUCAAUGUUUAUAGGUACAAUAUUUAAUGAGAUUUUUCAAAGGUGAAAACCCACACAUUAGGGAUUUUUUUUUGGUGGUCUCGAUAGGCAGCUUAAGUAAGUUUGGGUUUAGAUUUUGAAAUAAAACUUGGUCAUUAGGUAGCUUUUAGCAAGACCAAGAUUAGGAUUGUAUUUGGGGUCUGGAGAAUCAAGGUCAGGGUCACUGUUACUGAAAAUAGAAUUAAGGUCUCUGCUCAGUAACCAGUUCUAAUUCAUAUUUAUUCAAA